CCCGGUGCGGUCGCUGGUUUCCCCCUCUUGUGCUCCGGAGCGCCCCCCGCAGGCCGCGGCAGCAGCAGCAGCAGCAUGCCUCACAAGAAGAAGAAGCCUUUCAUAGACAAGAAGAAAGCUGUGUCUUUUCACCUCGUGCAUCGGAGUCAAAGGGACCCUUUAGCAGCUGAUGACACUGCACCCCAAAGAGUUCUUCUGCCUGCACAGAAGGCUGAGCUAGAAGAAAGGAGAGCCGAACAGAGGAAGUACGGCGUGUUCUUUGAUGAUGACUAUGACUAUCUGCAGCACUUGAAGGAAGCCUCUGGGCCCUCAGAGCUUGUCCCAUCACAGGCAUUUAGUCUCCAAGACAGGAAUGAUGAGCUAGAAGAAACUCUGCCGCUUCCAAACCCCAGAAUUAACUUGCCUUCAUCAGUGUUUGCGUCUGCAUUUGAGGAAGAUGUGGGACUUUUAAAUAAAGCAGCUCCCGUUUCAGGUCCUCGGUUGGAUUUUGACCCUGAUAUUGUCGCGGCUCUUGAUGAUGACUUUGACUUUAAUAAUCCAGACAAUCUGCUUGAAGAUGAUUUCAUCCUGCAGGCCAAUGACCCAGCAGGAGGAAGGCAGGAGGUUGAGGGUAGUUGCUCAAGACUUGAAGAUGACAGUGAGUGGGAAGAUGUUGAGAGUGGAAGCGACGAAGAGGAAUAUGACUCCGAGGGUCCUUUGUCAGAUGAAGACGCAUCUGCUCAGGGAAAAGCUUAUGGAAAUAUGGAAGAGCUCUUGUUUUUGGAAGAAGAAACAAAAAGUCGCUUCACAGAGUACUCCAUGACUUCUUCAGUCAUGAGAAGAAAUGAACAACUCACACUCCUGGAUGAUAGGUUUGAGAAGUUCUUUGAGCAGUUUGACGAUGAUGAGAUUGGAGCCCUGGAUAAUGCAGAAUUAGAAGGCUUCAUUCAUGCUGACAGUGUCCGGCUACAGGAAGUCUUAAAUGACUACUACAAGGAGAAAGCAAAAAACUGUGUAAAGUUGGAUACUCUAGAGCCUCUUGAAGACCAGAAUGGGUCAAUGGAGAAGGAAGAGACUGAGGAGGAAGAGAUUGUGACAGUAGUUAUUGAGGCGCCCAAAGAGAAAUGGGAUUGUGAAUCUAUUUUCAGCACUUACUCAAAUCUGUAUAAUCACCCUCAGCUUAUCAAGUGUCCUCCAAAGCCCAAAGAAAUUCAGCUCUCCUCUAAAACAGGAAUUCCGCUGAAUGUCUUACCACCAAAAGGACCUACAGCCAAGCAAAUGGAACGCAUGCAGAUGAUCAAUGACAGUGAUCUGCCAAGGGUGUCAACACAGCCACGUUCCAAAAAUGAAACCAAAGAAGAUAGAAAAGCAAGGAAACAAGCUAUAAAAGAAGAACGGAAGGAACGCAGAGUGGAGAAGAAAGCCAACAAACUAGCUUUCAAGCUGGAGAAAAGAAGGCAAGAAAAAGAGCUACUCAACCUAAAGAGGAAUGUUGAGGGUCUCAAACUAUGAUUGUGGAACCUUCAGAACAAACUGUUCUUUUGUGGACUCCAUAGUGUGUUCUGAGUUGGACUGGAGUCAGAAGAAGCAGAACUGACUUCUACCAGAUGUGGGGCAGUUGUUUGAAUUGCUUUUUUGCCAACACAUGUAAACUUUUCUCAUUAAAUCAAUUUGAUUUAUGAAAGAACAUGAGA